AUGGUAUGUGAAAAAGAGGAGCAGAAUUCUCAGCAGGAAAAUGUUGAGCAAGUGGAUAAACACAGAGCGGAAAGGAAUGUGUCCAGGAGUCAUGAGCAGGAAAAAUCCUGUGAGAUUCAGCACAGACCAGAAAGAGAGCAGGGAAACCAGCUAGGGGAGAAAGUGGGUAAAUUUAUUUCCUGUCGAGGAACUCAGAAGGAUUUCAAAGAAACCACAAUACAGCAGGAAAUCCUCAGGGGAAAAAGAAAAAAUAUAUGCACUGAGUGUGGAAAAAACUUAUGUGACUACUCAACCCUUAUAAAGCAUCAGAGAAUCCACACAGGAGAGAGGCCCUAUGAAUGCAUUGAGUGUGGGAAAACCUUCAAUCGCAGCUCGCACCUUAUUAGUCAUCAAAGAAUCCACACGGGGGAGAGGCCCUAUGAAUGCUGUGAGUGUGGGAAAACCUUCAAUCACGACUCGCACCUUAUUAGUCAUCAGAGAAUCCACACAGGGGAGAGGCCCUAUGAAUGCAGUGAGUGUGGGAAAACCUUCAAUCGCAGCUCGAACCUUAUUAGUCAUCAGAGAAUCCACACAGAGGAGAGGCCCUAUGAAUGCAGUGACUGUGGGAAAAGCUUCAAUUACAGUUCGCACCUUAUUGGGCAUCAGAGAAUCCACACAGGGGAGAGGCCCUAUGAAUGCCAUGAGUGUGGGAAAAACUUCACUCACAGAUCAGCCCUUUCUAAACAUCAGAGAAUCCACAGAGGGGAGAGGCCCUAUGAAUGCAGUGACUGUGGGAAAAGCUUCAAUUACAGUUCACACCUUAUUGGGCAUCAGAGAAUCCACACAGGGGAGAGGCCCUAUGAAUGCAAUGAGUGUGGGAAAAACUUCACUCACAGAUCGCACCUUAUUAUGCAUCAGAGAAUCCACACAGGGGAGAGGCCCUAUCAGUGCAGUGAUUGUGGGAAAAGCUUCACUAGCAGCUCAGACCUUUCCAAACAUCAGAGAAUCCACACAGGGGAGAGGCCCUAUCAAUGCAGUGAUUGCGGGAAAAACUUCACUAACAGCUCUGCCCUUUCUAACCAUCAGAGAAUCCACACAGGGGAGAGGCCCUAUGAAUGCAGUGAGUGUGGGAAAAACUUCACUAACAGCUCAGCCCUUUCUAACCAUCAGAGAAUCCACACAGGGGAGAGGCCCUAUGAAUGCCAUGAGUGUGCAAAAACCUUCAAUCAAAGCUCGCACCUUAUUCGGCAUCAGAGAAUCCACAGAGGGGGAGGCCCUACGAAUGCAGUGAGUGCGGGAAAACCUUCUCUUAGCACUCAGCCCAUGUUAGCCAUCAGAGAAUCUGCAAGGGAGAUCAAGACGAUAAAAACCUUUAGGGCUAUCAAUAAUUUUUUUUUUCUGUAAUACUUUGGCUGAUUCCCACACAGUAACUUUUAAAGCUGUUUCAACAGUUUGCAGCACCGUUAUCCCUCAACUUGUCCAGAUGAGGGGCCCAUUUUGACCUUUUGCAGUUUGCCCUGUUUUGAGGUGGACCCAUUUGUCCUUUCUAUCAGCUCCAUUGUCCCAUAAGUAAUUCGAGUGUGCCCUUCCUAUCAGGAGCCAGGGAGCAUCACGUUUAUACCAUUCCUCCUGUUGCAACAUUAUUGUUAGAGUAAGCAAUGAUACAGAUCGUAUCAUUGCCAGUUUUUCUCACGUUGCUCUAGGUUGUGCUGAAGAGCAGUUAUAUUGGGAACUUUUCAAAUUAUAUUAUUUAAAUAAAGAGGAGCAGGGGCAGGAAAAAGUAUCAUUUCAGCCUCUGUGACACUGGAAGGAGAUGGGGUGACUCAGAGAUUCCUUCCUUCCCCAUAACAGCAGAACUGUUACCUUUUGUCUGAGCUAUGCAGAGUUUAUCUUCAUCACAUUCUAUCCGUCCACUUCUCCAAGUGUCGUGAUGAAGUGGUCUUAGUUGUCUUUGCAAUUGUUGAAGUCAGUAUUGUCUCAGAUGAUCUGGGGAAAGUAUUCCAUGGUAAGUGGUUUUGAACUUGGCAAAAUGUCCAUGUAUUUGGUUCCCAAAGCAUUUGUAACCCAGGCCCCAUAAAGGUCUUUACUAGCUAAUCCUAUGGUAUGGGAGCUGCUGCCCUUCAUGGCACAGAUGUUGAGGAAAUAGAAGUGUGGGUUUUGUUUAAUUUAUCCUUUGUAGUUGCUUAAAAUGUGUAUACAAUUAAAUCAGUGUUGGAAAUCUAAUAGCUGCAGAAAAGUAGCUCUUUUUGAAUAGAAACUCCAGCUCUGGUAACUAACAGAGAUUCUGAUCCAGGCCUGUAU